AUGCUGUGCGCCAGCAUUGACGAACUGGGACGAACCGUGUUCACGUACAGUGUCGCCAACGUGGAAACCUGCGAGGAGCACCACGGCCAAUGCUCCCCUCACGCCUUCUGUACAGACUACAGCGCCGGCUUCUGCUGUCACUGCCAGUCCAAGUUCUACGGGAACGGCCGGCACUGCUUGCCGGAAGGAGCAGCGCACCGCCUUAACGGCAAAGUGAGCGGGAACCUGCUGGUGGGACAGACGCCGGUCCACUUCAGCGACGUCGACCUCCACGCCUACAUCGUCGGCAACGACGGCCGGGCGUACGUGGCCAUCAGCCACAUCCCUCAGCCGGCCGCCCGGGCACUGAUGCCGUUGACCCCCAUCGGGGGCCUCUUUGGCUGGCUCUUCGCCCUGGAGAAACCCGGCUAUGAGAACGGCUUCAGCCUGACAGGUGCUAAAUUCACUCACACUUUUGAAGUCACUUUCUAUCCUGGGGAGGAAACAGUUUUCGUCAAGCAAACGGCUGAUGGGCUGGAUUCUGAAAAUUACCUCAGCAUUAGGACAGAAAUCGAAGGACGGGUGCCUUAUAUUCCUGAGAAUUUUACUGUCCUCGUUGCACCUUACAAGGAGAUCUACCACUACACAGAUUCUGUUGUGAUGUCCACAUCGUACCGGGAAUAUUCGGUGAACUUUGGAAUCGUCAACCAAACCUUCUCCUACCGGCUGCGCCAGAACAUAACUUUCGAAGAGUGCCCGCACGCCCGACGCCGGCGGCUGGUCCCGGCUGCUCAGCAGCUGACGGUGGACAGGAUCUUUGCUUUGUAUAAUGAAGAAGAGCGGGUGCUUCGCUUUGCCGUCACCAACCAGAUCGGACCCUUGGGAGAUGAUUCUGGGUCCGUCACACUGAACCCGUGCUACGACGGCACGCAUGCCUGCGACACAACGGCACGGUGCCAGCCAGGCUCCGGGCUGGAUUAUACCUGUGAAUGCACCGCUGGCUACUGGGGUGAUGGCAAAGAAUGUGUGGAUGUCAACGAAUGUUCGGAGGGCCUCGGCCGAUGCAGCCCAGAAUCGGUGUGUGUCAACACCCCCGGCAGCUAUCGAUGUGAGUGCGCCAGCGGGUAUCAGCUUGCGGCAGACCGGGUCACUUGCGUCGGCCUCGCCCCACCACCCAAUCCGUGUGAAGAAGGCACGCACUCCUGCGCUCCCGCUGACCGGGCGCAGUGUGUGUAUCAUGGGAGCGGCUCGUUCAGCUGCGUGUGCCUUACGGGGUAUGCUGGCGAUGGGCACAACUGCACAGAUGUGGAUGAAUGCGCAGAAGAGAGGUGCCACCCGGCUGCCCACUGCUACAAUGCGCCGGGAUCUUUCUCCUGUCGCUGCCAGGCAGGUUAUGAGGGCGAUGGUUUCCAGUGUUCUCCAGAGAGUGUUCACCGAAUGACCCGUUGCCAACACGAGCGACUGUAUGCCAGCCAGCAAGGCCCUUCAUUGCCUGGAGGGCCCCACGUGCCCGAGUGUGAUGACCAGGGGAACUACCUGCCACUGCAGUGUCAGGGCAGCACUGGGCAGUGCUGGUGUGUGGACGGGGAUGGCAAGGAAGUUGCCGGGAGCAGGAGACCGCCGGGCGCUGCCCCGCCAAACUGCAGGGCUCCAGGUGAGUCCCUCUCCUCCGCCUGCUCCUGUUGGCCCUCGGCAUUAAAGGGGGAGGCAGGGGGAUGUGGCGAGGUUCAAGGCACCCGAUCGGAACCCGGAGUCCCCCCUGCGUGCCUCCCCACGGUGGCGCCGCCGACGGUUCGCCCGUCCCCCCGCCCUGACGUCACUCCGCCUUCGGCUGGGACGUUCCUCGUUUACGCCCAGGGCCAGCAAAUCGGUUCCUUGCCCUUGAACGGGACGAGACUUCGGAAGGACGCGGCCAAGACUCUGCUCUCUCUGCAUGGCUCCAUCGUCGUGGGGAUCGAUUAUGACUGCAGGGAGAAAAUGCUGUACUGGACGGAUGUGGCCGGCCGAACAAUCAGCCGGGCAAGCCUAGAGUCGGGGGUAGAACCGGAGACCAUCAUCAGCUCAGGGCUCAUCAGUCCGGAGGGCCUGGCCAUCGAUCAUAUCCGAAGAACCAUGUUCUGGACAGACAGUGGCCUGGACAAAAUUGAGACCGCCAGGCUGGACGGCACAGAACGGCGGGUCCUCUUUGCCGCGGACCUGGUCAACCCUCGCGCCAUUGCGGUGGAUCCCAUCCGUGGAAACCUGGGAGGAAANNGCUGGAAUCGUGAAGCUCCCAAAAUCGAGAUGUCCACAGUGACUGGAGAAAACAGGAGGAUUUUGAUCAGCCAGGACAUUGGACUGCCCAACGGCUUAACUUUUGACCCCUUUUCCAAACUGAUUUGUUGGGCGGAUGCAGGAACAAAGAAACUGGAGUGUGCCUUGCCCAACGGGACAGGAAGGCGUGUCAUUCAGCAUAACCUCAACUACCCCUUCAGCAUCGUCAGCUACGCCAACCACUUCUACCACACAGACUGGAGAAGGGACGGCGUUAUAGCUGUCAACAAAGACAGUGGUGAUUUCACAGGCGAAUACCUUCCAGAACAGCGGACUCAUCUCUACGGAAUAACCGUCGUUCACCCGUACUGUCCAGGAGCAGGAAGGAAAUAAGGUACCUGGUGUGCGACCCAAGGGGAGGAGAGUGAAAGGUCCCGGAAGACGGAUCCUGAUACUGUAUAUAGUGAAAAUGAUCCCUCCAGCUACAUCAGGACCACCGGCGACUUGUACUGAAGGGAAUCCAGUGGUUUAACUUAGAGCAAAAUUAUCCAGUAUUCUUAAGUUAUACCUCAGAUCUUUACUACUGUAUUUUUAUUUUUAUAAAAUGGAUUUUUUUUUAUAUAUUGCCAAGAAGAAAUGGUGCUAUGGAUGAUGUGGGCUAAAUCCUGCUCAUUUUGCUGAUGGAAGCUCCUUUGCAAAAAGAAAAUAGGACUGUAUAAACAUAUCCUUACUCCAUUGUAAUUUUAUUGGGGAACGCAAGAGGUUCUAAACACUUAAAAACAGUGAAGAAGGAAGGGAAAUCAGGAAAUGAUCGGCCAGGUCUCCUGCCAUUGUGCCUUACUGGAUCAGGGUAAAAGCUCUGACUUUAUCAGAU